AAACCGGAUUAGAUUUAACUGUUUCUGUUGAUCACCAACAUGGGACAACCGCCAAUAGUGUGAAAUCUAACUAAUUUCUUUUUUAUUUGAUUGAAUUUCGGAUCUGAUUUUUACCGCUGAUCUUUCAUGAUCUACAUUGUAAUAUUAAGAAUUAAUUCGCGAGUUAAGUAAAUCUCAAAAACGUGCCAGAUAUUGUAAGGAUUAUCGUUUUUCGUAUAUGCCACCUGACGCACCUUAUAAUGGGAAUGCCGCAUGAAUGAAUUUUAGGAAGAAGAACAAGUCCCCGGGAGCGAGGUGUUUUUUUAAACGUGUUUUUACGUUCGUAUUUUCUGAACAAUUUGCCAAUCAUGCGCCCGUUGUUUCAAGUUUUCUAUUCUGCGUGAAUUUGGGUUGCCGUUUAUUAAUAGUUGAUAUUAACGUAAAGAUUUUAUUUGUACGCUUACUUGCAAUAUCUGAAAGCGACAUCUGGAAAUUCUUAUCUGUCGGUUUAAAUCUUCUAUCAAGGGAACCUUAACCAAUACCUUGUACAGACGUAUUGGUAUCUGUACACUGUACACUGUACACUGUACCUACACUGUACACUGAACACUGUACACUGUCUCUGAAUCGUAAUGUUAUUAGUUAAUUGGGUCCCUAUAUAAAUAAAGCUCUUGUUUUCCUGUAACUCUACCUCAUACUUCAUAAAUUGCAUUUUUGUGUCUGUCUUUUCUUUUUUGUGACCGUCCACUGUAAACUGUUCACUGUACACUGUCCAGUGCACACAUUAUGUUCCUGCCCUAUUUUUUACAUUGACCCUUUUGUAAAAAGGUUAUAGUGAAAGGUUACGAAUAAUAUUAUUAUUAUAUCGAGUCCAUAACCCAAGGUUCUAGGAACGCUUCAACUUUAUCAAAACUGAUGAAAAGGAAGGUCAAGUCCAUUGUUAAGAUACUGGUUUUGGUAGCAGCAACAUUUGCAGUUGUAGAAUACGGACGAGGACAGCUCGAACUGCUCAAUAUCUCAUUUACUGAAGAUGUAAAGCCAACUGAUGUAAAGCCAGCUGAUAAUCAACAGUGGUUUUUUACUACUUCUGAUACAUAUAUCACCAAACAAUCUUUGGAUCAGUCUGCUCCAAAAUCAGAGGAGAAACAAAACAGAAUUGACGAAGGGAAACCAGUUGAGCACACUAAACAGUCGGAUAACUCACCUGAUAUAAACGAAUAUGAGGUACCAUCUCAACACACCUCCGAACUCACUCAAACACUAAGGCAAGUCACUUCUGGACACAAGAUAAGGAAGACUUUACAUGCUACUACUGCAGAACCCUAUCUGGAGAAUAAAAAGUUAUCAGAGUAUAAUGACCAAAGUGAUGGUCUUCAUAACUCACCAGCAUAUCAAGCGUUACAAAAGCGUUUGGAUGUUUUAUUCGAGGAGUCGAAGGACAUUUUUGAUCUUUUACCAUAUAAAUAUCUCCCUGAUUAUAAGAGUUUUUGUUGGUAUGAUAGCCAGGACGUAUUUCAAUGUCUAGCUUCUGUUUAUUUAGCGGGAAUGCCAAAAUGUGGCACCACAGACCUCUUCCAGAAGUUAAUGUGGCACCCAGAACUGACUACACAAUCUCAUCAUACUGACGGUGGCUCUGAAAAGGAGACCGUCUAUUGGACGAGAAAACGUGUAGGGCGACCAGGUAGUUUCAUGGCAAACCCGAGGGUUCCGCCUCCUAAACAACCCUUCAGCGAGUUUCUACACGGCACUGGGGCGGAGAGAGUGAAGAGUUACAAAGAUAGGAGAAUAGUUGAUGGAACUCCUUCUCUCCUGUGGGAUUUGGGAGGGUGGGAAACUAGGUAUCCUGGCUUAGACGAACCUCCGUACUCUAAUGCAGACUUGAUCCAUGCUGUUACACCAGAUGCUAAAAUAUUGGCCAUACUUAGAAAUCCUACUGAUAGACUAUAUUCAGAGUACCUCUAUUUCUGGAAAGGAUCAAAAAUGAGAAACGAGGUUCGAAGCCCUCAGACAUUUCACAUGGAUGUUCGCAGAGAAACUAGAAAAUUUAAUAGAUGUCUUGAGAGUAAUUCACUCAGAAAUUGUUGUUACUCUUCAGGAUAUAGUCUCAGACUGCGGGUUGCUCUUGGUGUUUAUAUUUGCUACAUCAGAGACUUUUUAGAAGUGUUUGGGGAUAAUUUUCUAGUUGUUACAAUGGAAGAAUAUCAUUUGUAUCCAACAGAAACACUUAAUAACAUUUUUUAUCAUAUAGGAGUUUCAGAACCUAAAUUAGAAGAUUUGCAUAGUUUUUUAGAGUCUUCUAAAACUUAUAAUGUGAAUAGCAAUGUUAAGGAAGAAGUUGGUGAUAUGCUCCCCGAAACCAAAGAUUUGUUGGAUACGUUUUACGCCCCUUAUAACUUUGCUCUUGCCGAGCUUCUGGCUGAUUCAAGGCUUCUCUUCCGUAAUUAAAGCUAAUUAACCUUCUCUUGGUUGGAAAGCAAUCGAUUUCUCGCUGAUUGUGCAUGAUUUAGGUAAACAAAAUAUUUUGUAUCUCUACUAUCUCGUAUUAUUUAGCUUAUGACAAGUAAAGAGAUAUUUGAUAUUUAGCUAUUUGUUUUAACUUUUAGGGAAAAAUUAAACUUGAGCGUUGCGGUUGUUUUUAACUAUCCUUUUUUUAGAACUUUUAUUUGAUAAUGGUUGGAAUUAUUGAUAUUUAUUCCGAAUCGCAUACAAAUCUUGUGACUUAUUUUUACUAAUGCAGAUUUAACUUGACUUGUGAUAAUUUAUUAGAACACACAACAAAGGUUGACACAGCUGUAAAAUAGGACAUUGAUAAGUCUGUCUCGCGAGAAUUGGCCGAUAUGUUAUUAAAACGAAUGACUGAAUGGCAGCUCUUUCAUCACAUGGGUGGUCGUUGGUCAUCCGUCAGGCAGACAGACAGAAAGAAACUUUCGAAUUAUAAGUAAAAUUUUGAUUUAAAC